ACACCACCUCUGCUGCACGCUCCGCUGGCGACCACGCCGCCCGCGCACUUCGACUGCCCCCGCGUUCCCUUGCGAAAAAAUCAUAAUGCAAUCACCAGGACGGCCGGUGUGGAACGCUCAACAACCACUCGCAACACCCGGCCAGUCUGCAAUUCAAUGCGUCGAAACUCACACGCCGUCCAUCACGAUGAUGGCUUAGUCGGACCGGGAAACUGAUUUCUCUUCAGGUGGCCGCUGAAGUGGAAAUUGUCCGCGUGGUGAUCGCCUCUGAAAACCGUUGUAUGCUCGAAUUCAGUGACGUGUACUUUUACUUUUUGAUCGUUUUGUGCCGCCGUUUCGAAAACACUGGCUUGCACUUUCUCGCUUUACUGCUAAUGUUAACAUUUGCGUAAUGCGAUGUUCCACAAUCGCCAAGGUUCGCUGCUGUACCUACCGCGGAAUAUGUAAAACGGACCAUUAUACGGCGAUUCGUUGACCGAGAUUCUCCUAAAAAGUAAUUUGUAUAAUAGGUGGCCAAAUCACCUGGAGUUCAUUAGCGGCCUUUAUCGUUGGGACAAUUGUCCAUCAAAAACCAAUUAAUUCUUUACGCGUAUCGGCCGUGUCCGGUGGAGGUUGCUUUCGAGUGUUGUUGUUUUCGAGGUGUCUUUCUAUCGCGAACAGUGGCCUGGUUCACUCGUUGCCUGCUACCUACCGCAAACUGAUGGUAGCCGAUUACUGUGCGUUAUCAUUUAAGUGUUGAUUUUAUAAAUGGAAUUGUGUUGCUCAAUUAUCAUCCAUUAGUGAUAAAAGGCUUAAUGAAAUUUGUAGGUUUUUAAAAUAGAUAUUAGUGUGAAUUCGUUGCCAGUGUGAUGAGGUGAUCUGUGUAUAGUGCUACCGCUGUGCAAGUGAGACCUAGAAGUGUUUCGGAAUAUGUGGGGGGCGGCGGUAUCCAAUCCGCCGCAUUAUCAUUAUGUUCAGGGGCCGGGCGGGCCCAUGCCUCAGGUUGGACCGAAUGGCCCCAUGCUGCUGGGGCCUAAUGGUUCCAUGAUGGCGGGCCCUAACGGACCGAUGUUAGGUCCUAGGCAUUUAAGGCCACAAUCCUCAUACUCUCUACCUCAUGGCAGCAAUGGGCCUGGUCGGUGGGGUUGGUCGGGCAGUCACGCCUCGUCUUUUGACCGCAGGCAAUUAAAAGUGCCUCCACAACCUGCGAGACCAGCGCCCGUGCGCCCUGCUCAGGCUAGGCAAGGAACUGCUAACAAUAAGGUCGAUCCCGAGCUGAUCUUCACGAAGCAAGAGAAGAUCGGCAAGGGCUCAUUCGGCGAGGUGUUCAAAGGUGUCGACAACAGAACGCAGCAAGUGGUCGCCAUAAAGAUAAUUGACUUGGAAGAAGCAGAAGAUGAAAUCGAAGACAUACAGCAGGAAAUCAUGGUGCUGUCGCAGUGCGAUAGCCCGUACGUCACGAAAUACUAUGGAUCCUACUUAAAGGGAACGAAGCUAUGGAUUAUAAUGGAAUAUCUUGGCGGCGGGUCGGCGCUAGACCUGAUGAAAGCGGGCAGCUUCGAGGAGAUGCACAUAGCAGUGAUCCUCCGCGAAGUGCUGCGGGGGCUGGACUACUUGCACUCGGAGCGGAAGCUGCACCGGGACAUCAAGGCGGCCAACGUGUUGCUCAGCGAGAUGGGCGACGUCAAGUUGGCCGACUUCGGUGUCGCCGGCCAACUAACCAACACGACCAGCAAGCGGAACACAUUCGUCGGCACGCCCUUCUGGAUGGCGCCCGAGGUCAUCAAACAGUCCUGCUACGACAGCAAGGCCGACAUCUGGUCGCUCGGCAUCACCGCCAUAGAACUGGCCAAGGGCGAACCGCCAAACUCCGAACUCCAUCCCAUGAGGGUGCUCUUCCUCAUACCUAAGAACAAUCCGCCGCAGCUGACGGGUAGCUACUCCAAGUCGUUUAAGGAGUUCGUCGAAGCGUGCCUCAAUAAGGACCCGGAAAAUAGGCCAACGGCAAAAGAGCUAUUAAAGUUCCAGUUCAUCAGAAAGGCGAAGAAGAAUUCUUAUCUAAUGGACCUUAUAGAUAGGUAUAAGAAGUGGAAAGCGCAGCGGAGCGAGGAAAGCGAGACCGAAUCGGAAAAUUCAGAUUCAGAGGAGAGCCGCGCAGGGUCGGGCGAGGCGGACGAGCCGUGGAUCAUGACGGUGCGCGGCGGCGCGGCCGCGCGCGCCAUCCAGCACCCCGACCUCGACAACAAGCGCCGCCUCACCGCCAUCGACACCAGAGAGAACGGUACGUACCCGGCCGGGUCGGGCGAGGCGGACGAGCCGUGGAUCAUGACGGUGCGCGGCGGCGCGGCCGCGCGCGCCAUCCAGCACCCCGACCUCGACAACAAGCGCCGCCUCACCGCCAUCGACACCAGAGAGAACGGAGACCCGGCCGGGUCGGGCGAGGCGGACGAGCCGUGGAUCAUGACGGUGCGCGGCGGCGCGGCCGCGCGCGCCAUCCAGCACCCCGACCUCGACAACAAGCGCCGCCUCACCGCCAUCGACACCAGAGAGAACGGUACGUGUACUAGUACCCCCCGGGUGUCACAGGGAGGAGACCCGGCCGGGUCGGGCGAGGCGGACGAGCCGUGGAUCAUGACGGUGCGCGGCGGCGCGGCCGCGCGCGCCAUCCAGCACCCCGACCUCGACAACAAUACCCCCCGGGUGUCACAGGGAGGAGACCCGGCCGGGUCGGGCGAGGCGGACGAGCCGUGGAUCAUGACGGUGCGCGGCGGCGCGGCCGCGCGCGCCAUCCAGCACCCCGACCUCGACAACAAGCGCCGCCUCACCGCCAUCGACACCAGAGAGAACGGUACGUGUACUAGUACCCCCCGGGUGUCACAGGGAGGAGACCCGGCCGGGUCGGGCGAGGCGGACGAGCCGUGGAUCAUGACGGUGCGCGGCGGCGCGGCCGCGCGCGCCAUCCAGCACCCCGACCUCGACAACAAGCGCCGCCUCACCGCCAUCGACACCAGAGAGAACGGUACGUGUACUAGUACCCCCCGGGUGUCACAGGGAGGAGACCCGGCCGGGUCGGGCGAGGCGGACGAGCCGUGGAUCAUGACGGUGCGCGGCGGCGCGGCCGCGCGCGCCAUCCAGCACCCCGACCUCGACAACAAGCGCCGCCUCACCGCCAUCGACACCAGAGAGAACGGUACGUGUACUAGUACCCCCCGGGUGUCACAGGGAGGAGACCCGGCCGGGUCGGGCGAGGCGGACGAGCCGUGGAUCAUGACGGUGCGCGGCGGCGCGGCCGCGCGCGCCAUCCAGCACCCCGACCUCGACAACAAGCGCCGCCUCACCGCCAUCGACACCAGAGAGAACGGUACGUGUACUAGUACCCCCCGGGUGUCACAGGGAGGAGACCCGGCCGGGUCGGGCGAGGCGGACGAGCCGUGGAUCAUGACGGUGCGCGGCGGCGCGGCCGCGCGCGCCAUCCAGCACCCCGACCUCGACAACAAGCGCCGCCUCACCGCCAUCGACACCAGAGAGAACGCGAUCCCGUCGCCGACGGUGGUGGCGGCGCCCAAGCAGAACGGCGCGGCGCCCGCGCGCGAGGAGGACGCCAAGCCCAACAACAACAACUCCACCGACAAGCAGCCGCCGCGACAGUCUCCGGUGGCCGUGACAGUGACGGAGCCGCGAGCGGCCAAGGAGCGUGACCGUAGCGACCGGGACCGCGACCGCGGCGACCGGAACGAUCGCAACGACCGCAACGACCGGGACCGCGACCGCAACGACCGCGACCGCCCCGAGCGGCAGGAACACGAGCCCGCGCAGCGCGACCAUCUAGCCUACAACAAAGCCGCUUUGGACCACAGAGGAGCGAAUAGUGAGGAAAAAGUCAAAAAGCAUCAGGCAUAUUUGCACCAGCUUAUUUACCCGCUACUAAACGAGUUGUCGCGGAAGCACGGCGCGGGCAGCGUGGCGGCCAUCGAGGAGCUGCGCCGCGCCUUCGAGCAGGCCGAGCGCAGCGCGCCGCACCUCACGCGCGCCUUCGUGCAGCAGGUGGUGCAGAGGGUGGCCACACAGACGCACGCGCCCGCGCCGUCGCACCACAACACGCAGCAGUGGAUGAGGGAUGUAUAAUAUACCGCUGGGGCC